AUGAUUGUAUACUAUCGUUCUAUUAUCGUUUUUCUCCUCUUCAGACAAACCCUUUGUUAUGGAAGACGAGUUUAUGUGUCCUUGGGAUUCCGAGCUAUGCUGGCGGUGAUAUAUAGUGGAUGUCCCGAGCCAAAAAUUGUCAAUAUUGUUGGCCUUAGUGAAAUUCGUCUAAGCAGUAUCAAAGAAAAUAGUACUGACCACACUUUUCUGAUCAGAUAA